UUGACGCAGCUGCCUGCAAACACACACCGUCUCUUGGCGAACAUGGCGGCAACUUGACAACGGCAGCGAGAUGAAGACGGUGAGGGCUUGAAAAAGAAAAGAGGUCUGUAACAGGCUGUAGGCCCAUCCGCUGACACAAAGGCAGACAGCUUCGCCAUGUUGGAAGAGGAUAGCGCCCUUGUCCCUGCACGACCGAGGCCGGGGAAAACGUAAACGCGUCGGUGUUUCUAAAAACGGAGUCGAGGCUACGCAGAGGAGCGGAGCGGCGCGGCGCGGCGCGGAGCUCAGGGCGGACGGGAGGACAGCGGCUUCACCGGUCAGCCAUGGAGGAUGCGGCCCGUGGUCGCCAGCGUCUAAUUUGCCAUCCGGCCCACGCUCAUUUUAAUGGGAAUUACCGCUGAUCGCAAAGGCAAGCCGGGACAACCCACCACCUGACACUUGAGGGGAGGAAAACGCGAAGCGGACCCCACGUCAAUGACUGUUGCGGCAGAGGAGCCCCCACGGUGGAGUCGGCCGGUUCCCAAAAUAUGACCAGGGGUGCUGGGACGUGUUGGCAGCAAGAAGAUGACGACGGCUUCCAAAUCUGGCUAGAGCCCCCCCGCGACAACCAAAAGCCAUUCACCGACUCAGAGAGGGCGCAGAGAUGGCGACUGUCCUUGGCAUCCCUCUUGUUCUUAACCAUCCUCCUCUCUGAUCACCUGUGGUUCUGCGCCGAGGCCAAACUGGCCCGGACCCGGGUCAAGUUCGCAUCCUCCAACCUCCUCUCACCCCAGACCCACUCAGCACACAGCAGCCUCAGCGGAAACCCAUAUGCUAUUUUUAUAGGAAACUCUACCAAACAUUUGUGGCGGCUUGAAACUUGCCACCAGAAUAGUUUAUCUAAAAACUGCUUUGCUUCCGCAGAUGCCGACCAUUUGUGCGGGGGCCUUUCGGACAAAGAGGGUAAGCGGGCUGUAAAUAUGAGCGAUUUGUACCUUUCCUUUUGUAACUCCUACUCUCUGCUGGAUUUGUUUUACGGGUCGACAAGUCCGGACAAUUUGAACUGCAGCCUCGACGUGCUCGGCGAUGGCGACACCACCAGAUGCAGCCUGUGCGUCCAGGCGUACCAGCGCUACGACCAGCACGCCCAGGAGAAAUACGAGGACUUUGAGCUCCUGACUCAGAAAUAUGAGCCGGGGGCAUAUUCAGUGAGGACGUGCAUGGAGCAGUGCAAGACGGCCUAUAAGCCCUGGUUGUGCGCUCAGUAUUUCCCCACCACCCAGCACUCCUGUCAGAAGAGGAUACCGUGCCACCAGUACUGCCUGGAGGUGCAGCAAAGCUGUCCGUUCAUCCUGCCCGAUAACGACGACCUGAUCCACGGCGGCAGCCCCAGCUUCAUCUGCACAGGACUCUUGGGAGAUCAUCUAUUAGACAGUGAGGCCGAGUGCUGCGACGUUCGAUGGGACUCCAAAAUGGACAACCCCUCAGGCGGGACACUAAAAAGGACUGCUUCUUCCUGCCAGCCUGAGGGGGCCUCAGUCACCUCAGCUGCCACCCCGAGACUGUGCAGCGGGCGACUGAAGAUCUGCCUGCUGGCCCUCGUCCUCCUACACACUGUCAUCAUCAUUUCAUCCUCCCAUAAUUCUACAUUGGUUGGCGUGGCUGCCAUUUUCUCACCAGAGGAGAGUGCUUCUAAUGAGGAGUGAACCUUGGGGUUGUAUCUGAAGAGUGAUGUCGCUCGAGAGGAUUAUGGCUUUCACAAUGUCAUGGCUGCCAGGGACACAUCUGGCAAGACAUGCUGGAAAUGCCUCUACAGUCUGCCGCAGAUGAACCAUCAACGACAGGAAGUGGGAGGGUUUUAACUGGAGCUAAGGGUGCUGGGAUUAGACAUCGACCGAAUCGAGAUGUUUGAGAACCACCCACCCCCUAAAGAACUGACCUCUUGCCACUUGAAACCUGCUCAUUGUUUCUAUUCCAUCCAAAUGUUUUGCAGCAUAUUGUCCCUUAUAUUCCCUCCCUCUCCCCCCCUUCCCUCCACCCUCCCCUUCCCCUUCUGACGUUUUCGUUGUGUGUAUGGAUGGCAUGUCAGAGGAAAAAACGGACAUCGAUGAGGUGUGCGCUCUCACUCAUCAUUACCUUUAGAUUUUUGCUGCAUUUUUUUUCAGGUGCCAGAAUGUUUUGACAUAUCAGCUGUGUUCCACUUCCUACUAUCCAUCACCUCGAAGACAUCUUACUACUUUGUAUGUGAUGUUGCCCGAGGGCCUGCCAGGACUAGUUCACCCAUCACACCUGUGUCUUGUUUCCCUGAAAACAAAAUGUAUGUGGUUCUUCUAUAUUCCAAUGUUCAGCUUGUAUUUUGUCCCACAAAAAUUUAUUUUCAUCCCUUAUGCCUACAUGUUUUAGGACCUUAAGUGCUCUGAGACUGGCUUGCUUUAUCUUCUCACUUAUUGGGCCAUUGAGGAA